AUGGAGCUAAACAACAGCCAGAUAGCCCUAGCCAGGGCUUUUGAUCGUCCCUAUAGCGAUAUCGCCCGAGACGAGAAACUACUAUACCUUCGCCGCAAUUUAGAAAUAGACCAUCGCGGCCAAGUGUUUUUCUCGUCUGCUUGGCGUACUUACGAGCCUCCCAUCGACCAACCUUUGCCUCCUAUAAACCAAUUCGAAUUUCCUGAUUUCUGUAACAAAUCCGUUCCAAUCUAUUUUUUAAAUGGUCAAUGGCGAUUUGCCGGCACACUAUGCAACUAUAUAUAUCGCCAAUGGUUCAAGCCUUUUCGGAGCGAGAUUGAACACGGACGUUUUUUGACUAAAUAUAUUGCUCCCAAAAAUGCAGAAAAUCGUUCUCACCCAAUAACGGCCUCUAUAGGAAGCUUCAUCGCUCUACAUAAAGCCAUCUGCACAAAUAUUCAUCAACAACGUAAAGAAUACGCGGCAGUGAUUGCCUCGGGAGCGGACAAUCAUCAUAUUGUCAAGGACCAUCAGAACUAUGUCCUCCAGCCACUAUUUGAAGCUCUGGUUCUUGUCAUUGAUCCCGGAAAUUGGAAAGGAGAGGAUUCGACUUUAAUAGGAAGGCUUCCUGUUACUAUGGCGCGCACUGGAGUGGAAACUGGGCUAAGCUCGCCUAUCACGUUUGAGUCCAUUGUUGAUAAGAUUGACGAAUAUAUUGGGGAAACGGCGGUCAAGACAACAUUGGAGACUGCUAUUACUUUUGUGACGGAACUGGAGGCCCGCGAAACCAGGGUGUUUGGUUUGCAGCCCAACCCAAUUGCCUCUUGGGAUCCGGAUUACUCUUUUCCCCAGUGGCGAGAUAUAAUGCCGUAUGACCAGAUGAUUGGGCCUUCUACUCGCUUUGUGGAUAUUGAGAAAUGCUUGCAGAGCUUGCAGCAGCUACAACAAAACAAUAGAAACUGGGACCAACAAUAUGUAGACGUUGAGGAACGAGAGGCUCGGCAGUACAUUGAAUGGAUAUGUUGA